AUGUGGACAAAGUCCUGGAGCGGGAUCAGAAGUUGGCUGACUUGGGAUGAUCGCGCCGAUGCGCUUCAAGCUGGAGCUUCACAGUUUGAGACCAGCGCAGCCAGGCUAAAGCGAAAAUACUGGUGGAAGAACUGCAAGGUGAGUAAUCUCAUCCAUCUCAUCUCAUUUGUCCAGCCGCCUUUCUCCUUUAUUUUUUUUUUUUUUACUUUAACCAUUUCCAUACCGGGCAAUUUUACACCUUCCUGCCCAGGCCAGUUUUCACGUUUCAGCGCUCUCACACUUUGA